AUGAUGGUUUCUCGUUCGGCCUCCAUUCUCGCCGGCGUUCUCGCCCUACUUUCACCCCUCACGGCCUAUGGCUUUGUUGUAUCACUUGCAGACAAUCUCCAGGCUUUCCUCGGACAACCAGGUAACUCGGACCCGAUCGUGGACUCUAUUCCUUUUGAAGAUGAAGCGGCUUUCAACCGCCCAUCUUGGUUCACAUCGACUUUGAUGGCCCGCCGUCUCCUGGCUUUGUCCCCUUCUGGAGUCAUCUCAACCAACUUCCCGAAGUCCCUUCCACCCUCUGCACAUGCCCCUUCUGAUGUUGCCGGUCUCUCUAUCGCACUCCGCGAGUACAUCGCCGACUGUGAUGGUUCGCUGCCAUCGGAUCUGUCCCAUGGUGAUAACGGCGAUCCAACGAUUCUCGGCCUUCGCAUUGGAACCACUUUCAAGAACAUCGCUGCCGGGUCGAACCUCAGUCUCCAGCUAGACUGGUGGGACCAUCUUAAUGAGGCGGGUCCAGUCUAUCCCGGCUUGCCUCUGAGCCCAGCUGCUCUGCCUCGGGUCACCCUUUUCGGAUAUCUAGAUAACCUGCCGUCCCCACUUCCCGAGGAUGCAGCAGCUGCCCUCGAAGAGUGUUUCCUUGAACCCCAUCCUGAUGCAAAGGUCUGGCUACCAGGUGCUUCUUAUUCGCCCCAUGCGAGCUUCUGGGCUCGGCUGGUGGUGACCCAUGCUUACUGGAUUGGCGGGUUUGGCGACGUUCAGCAGAUUGGGUGGCUCAAUCUCACGGAGUGGCAAGGGAUCCGACCACAUGGCAGUGUAGAGGGCGUUGGGGAUGGCCGAGGAUGGCUUGACGUUCGUUUGCCGGGGGAGAAGGAGUAA